AUGGCCCCUGUAAGCCCAAUCUUCUCCCUCCUCGACCGCUUCGGCGCCAGCCCCUCCAAUUCCUCCCACUCACACGCACCGCAGCAGCAAAAGCAACCCGAGCGCCUCAAGCACGUCGCCGGCGGCAACCCCUCGCAGCUCGGCGACCCCGUCUCGCUCAAGGCCGAGGUGUCGAAGCUGGUGCCCACGGAGGGCGACCAAGGCGCGCAGAAGAGCUCGGGAGGAGCCUCCAACAAGAAAGGCGGGGUCCUCGGCGCGAAGAACUCGGACGGCAGCCCGGUGCAGGAUAAGGAGAAGAAGCGGCUGAAGCAGAUUGCGGAGGAGAACAACGAGGCGGGUAACCCGUCGCAGCUGGGCGAUCCGGUUAGUUUGAAGGCGGAGACGAGUAGUACGGAGCCGGGGGGUGAGGCGGAUGGGCAGAGGAGGGAGAAGUCGAAGCUCUGA